AUGGCUCGCCGCGCAAAGACGGAUCGUGAGGCUGCAGCCGCGGACAAGACUCUGACCUCUGCUCUCGGACAGUCUCUGGAGCAAGUGGCCGAGCGAAUCGCGGACAAGGUUGCGGAAAAGCUGGCAAGCGUUGUGGCAGACAAACUCGCAGAUACCUUCGUGGCAAACAUCACUUCAGACGUCUUCGACAAAAUCGCCUCUAGGGUCGCGGACAAGAUUGAGGCAAAGACUCAGGACCAACCCGCAGAGCAGAGUCCGGGAGAGAUCUCGGAUAAGACCGAACCUAGCUCUCCCGCAGGGCAACUUUCAACAGAGGCACCGCACGAAGUUGAAGAUGAGCCUCAUGACGUUUCGACAGAGGCUGUCAUCUGGGUUGCGGCAGCGUCUCCGGAUCUACUCGCAGAGCAGGACUUGGAGACCGCAGACAAGGUGGAGUCGGAGCCUGCCGCCGCAGAGCAGGCUCCGGAAGAGACAGCACCCAAGGUCGAGGCCGAGCCGCAGGCCCCCUUGGCAGAACUCCCGGUUCCUGUCCGGCCCGAUGAUGGGCCAGCGAUAUUUGCUGCCGGCGGCAAACGUCGAAGCCCCGAGACUGAAGACGCGCCGCCACAGAAACGGGCGAGGACCGCCGACGACGUCACCCCGCGCCGCAACCCAAAGCGAGCCGCCAACGAAGCAGCAGAGCAUGUGGCAAGGGACGGGGUCGCGCUGCCCGAUGACCUCCUCAUGGAGGCCCUGAGGCCUCUGAGCGCCGAGGAGAUUGAAGCGUGGGAGGGGUGGGUCGAGCUGGAGUCUGAGCCCGCCUUCUUCAACUUCAUUGUGAAGAAGCUUGGGGUCAAAGGAGUCACAAUCAAAGAGCUUCUCUCUCUCGAGUCAUGGUCAAUGGGUCUUUUGCCGAAGCCCGUCUUUGGCCUGGUUUUUCUCUUCCAGUACACGCCCCAGCUGGACGACGAAGAAGACGAUAGCGACGAUGACGCUCCCGUCUGGUUUGCCAACCAGACCACCCCCAACUCGUGCGCCUCGGUCGCCCUGCUCAACAUCAUCAUGAAUACCGAGCAGGUGGAGCUCUGCGAGCAGCUCCAGGUCUUCAAAGAGUCGACCAAAGACUUGAGCUCCCCCCUGCGAGGCCGUCGAAUAGGGGCCAACGGCUUCAUCAGGGCGGCGCACAACUCCUUUGUCCGGCGCAUAGACAUGCUCGAGGCCGACCUGUGUCUGUCCAACGAGGUGGACUCGGCCAAGCCCAGGCGCUCCAAGAAGUCCGUUGCUCCCAAGAAGGGCCGGAAGCAGGGGCCCGCCGCGUCCGAGGAGUUUGGAUUCCAUUUCAUUGCAUACGUCCCCGCCAACGGCUUCGUUUGGGAGCUUGACGGCAUGAGGGCCAAUCCUCGCAACGUUGGGCCUCUCAACCCCGAGGACUGGACCGAAGUCGCCACUCCCAGGAUCCAGCAACGCAUCCAAGAAUACGGCAACAGCGCCAACGGCUUCAGCCUCAUCGCCAUGUGCCAGAGCCCUCUCGACGCCCUGCGGAGCGCCAUCGCGUCCCACGCGAGCGCCAUCGACCGCCUCCGCUCCCGUUUCCAAGACGACGCUGCCUUUGCCCGACUCAUCUCCGCCGACGAGGGCCUCCUCGGCGUCAUCGAUAACGACACCGCGCUCGGCGAAUUUGGGCUCCAGCAGCCGGACGUUGCCGACGCCGAGGUCCCAAAAUUUGUCGCGGAGCUCAUGUCGCGCCCGGACAUGGACGCACAGCAGGCCCACGGCCUGUACGAGAAGCUCGUCGCCGGCACCAAGUUUGCCAUGGCUAAGUACCGUGAGGAGACCAUCGCCGUGUCCCAGGAGGAGGAGCGCGUGAGGGGGAGGCAGAAGGACUACACGCCGGCGCUGCACUGUUGGAUGACCAAGCUAGCGAACAAGGGUGUCCUCGAGGACGUCAUCCGAAUGUCUCAGUGA